UUGCAUACCUCCAGGUUGACAGCAAUGGCUUUACCUGAGAAUUUUGGAAGGAGAAAACCAGCGCAAAGCCUGGCAACAAUUCUUUCUAUUGGCAAAGCGGUUCCGACUUAUUGUAUCUCUCAAGCUGAUUAUCCUGAUUAUUAUUUUAGAGUUACUAAAAGCGAGCAUAUGAUACAAUUGAAAGAAAAAUUCAAACGCAUAUGUGAGAAAUCAAUGAUAAGCAAACGCCACUUUGUCCUCACUGAAGAAAUUAUUAAUAAGAAUCCCAACAUCAGCACCUACAGCAGCCCAUCUCUUGACAUACGUCAACAAAUUCUUGCCGCUGAAGUACCCAAACUUGCCAUGGAAGCAGCAUCAAAAGCCAUCCAGGAGUGGGGGCAACCAAAAUCUCAGAUCACACACCUCAUAUUCUCUGCAAUUUCGGGUGUGGACAUGCCUGGAGCAGAUUAUCGUCUUACAAAGCUGCUUGGCCUACCAUCAUCAGUCAAGAGAGUGAUGACGUACUUCCAAGGCUGCUAUGCUGGUGGCGCCAUUCUCCGAAUGGCCAAGGACAUCGCUGAAAACAAUGCCGGUUCACGAGUUCUUGUCGUCAGCUCUGAAGUUUUGCUUGGUAUUUUUCGUGCACCCAAUGAACAUGACACACCUUCGCUCGUUGGCAAUGCGAUGUUGGGUGAUGGUGCAGCGGCUAUGAUUAUUGGUGCUGACCCUAACUCCUUAAGGGAAAGGCCACUCUUUCAAAUUGUUUCCGCAUCAGAGAAUAUUGUUCCUGACUCGGAUGGUGCAAUUGAAGGACACAUGUAUGAAGCAGGCCUCAGUAUUCACUUGUCAAGGGAUGUUCCAAAAUUGAUAGCUGAUAACAUUAACAAGUGCUUGGCGGAAGCAUUAAGCCCAAUAAGCAAUAAUGAUUGGAACUCAUUCUUUUGGAUCGUUCAUCCAGGAGGAAAUGCAAUUCUCGACCAGAUUGAAACCAAACUUGAGCUGAAAAGGGAAAAACUUUUAACAACUCGACAUGUGCUUAGCGAAUUUGGGCACAUGAGUUCUGCAACCGUGCUCUUUAUUCUGGAUGAGAUGAGAAGGAGGUCCAUGGAGGCGGGAAAGGCCACCACGGCAGAAGGUCUAGAGUGGGGCAUUUUGUUGGGAUUAGGAGCUGGUAUCACGGUUGACACAGUUGUGCUCCGGAGCUUCCCGACAAAUACAACUCAUUAAAGGGGAGGAAUAAGGACUGCGGUUGGCAUGGUGGCAAGUACCAAGCCUUUCUAUUUGGUGGUCCAUGGUAACUAGUAACCUUCACUUGAUCACUGUAAUAAAAAAGUUUGAAAUGUUCCAAGCUCAUCAUUUGUGGUUUUAAAAAUAACAUGUAUUUAAAAAAC